GGGGAAGUGGGUUUGAGUUGGCUUCCUGAGUGAUUCCACUAGCUGUUGGGCGGAGCAUGAGAAGGGCUGUCAGCCAAAGUGGUGUAGCAGACAGUGUGUGUGUGUGUGUUCAUACGUGUGUGUGUAUGUGUGUAUGUGUGUGUUGCAAAAGUGUGAGGAAGAGGGACAGUGUGUGAGAGAACCUUUGGCUACUACUACUGCAUCCUGUGCAAUAUUGGAGUCUCCGAGACGAAAUAAACAGAUACAUAAUCUCUCUGAGAAGUUUGUGAUUGAAAAGAAAUCUGCAAGAAAUGCUGAAAAGAAGUUUGCAAGUUUUCCAGUGAGGUGGCUCUUCCUUUGAACUUCCUCUCUUUGGCCAAAGUCUGAACAGAGGGACACGAGAUCGGACCUUGAGCAGUGACAUUCAAGGGGUAGACUGAAGAGAAAAGACUGAAGAGAAAUUUAAGUAGUGUUUAAGCCUCCCAGUUCAGCAGACUCAUGGCUAGCAACAACACUGCCAGCAUCGCCCAGGCGCGUAAACUGGUGGAACAGCUCAAGAUGGAAGCUAACAUUGACCGUAUAAAGGUGUCUAAAGCAGCUGCAGACCUGAUGUCAUACUGCGAAGCUCACGCUAAGGAGGACCCUCUGCUGUCACCUGUGCCUGCUUCUGAGAAUCCCUUCAGGGAGAAGAAGUUCUUCUGCGCCAUCCUGUAAGCAGUGAUGGCUGGCCUAGGGCAUGCCUGCUCCAUCUGGGACCCACACACAUUGAUGUUAAGAACGUAAACCUUUUAGCGAGGGCUGAGGGGCAGGCGUGCGGUGACUCCUCAACCUCACCUGGUUCUCCAUGCGACCCGUGCAAAACCCCAGCAUGGAGGGAGAGCCAGAGCUGUGCAUGUUUACAAAGGAAAGCACAGCCAACAUGAGCAACUGGCAUUACAGCAGCUCAAGCUGGAUAUGAUGUGUAAAUUGCAGUAUUAAUGCGGUAUUUUGUGGUCCCUAUGAGGUAUUCAAAUGUUUUGUUUGAUUAAAUUAAGUUGAUGAUGAUUUUGAAGCUGAUCACUGAGCAAAGAACCAUGAAUUGUCAUGGAAAUGUUCUGAUUUCUUCUUUGUUUGCUCUAUUUCAAUAAUCAUUGAUUUCUCUUAAAUGAAUUUGGUAUAUAUGACUUAGGUAGCUUUCUAUGUAUGUACUUUGUUUUUUUAAUUUAAUAAUAGUAAAUAGGCAAAAGCAUUUUUUAUGAAAGAUUUGCAUACAUACAAAUAUUCCUAACAGAUAUGUAUCUUUAUGAAACUGAUUACAGCAUUUGGAUAUGUAUAGCAGGCAAUUUAAUUUUUUGUCUCCUUCAAAAAGAUAGGUCUUUUUACUAUUUGUAAAAAUCAGCUGUGUUGUGCUGUAUGGUCUGAAUGUCUGUGGUGAUUCCAAUAAUAACUGCAUGAAAACUUAAAAAUUG